AGUUUCCCCUGGUGUCCUACUACAAGUCAGAAAACACGGCUUGACGGAGGGAAAUCUUAGUAAAUUCGUAUUCCUCACGCGUCGUUGGUGACGUAUCCUAAUUCAUAGAAAAUUAUGUACGAAUUAAUUGAAGUUUGAUUUACUUGUUUCUUCUUAAUUCUUCAUUUGAAAAAUUGGAAAUCGGAGCCACAGUCGUCUAAUUCAAAGCCCUAAAUCCCCAAAUGAAAGAGAUGGAGAUGUCGAAGAACGACGAACCAGUCGUCGGAGUUCCCUACUAUGUCCAUCAGAAUCCUUAUCAAGCUGGAAUGAUCCCCCCAAACGCCGUCUUUGGGGACCCUAAGGGUGUUCCGAUCCAACAGACCAUUUACCGGGACACACCUGCCCCUUUCAACUGCCUCUACUGUGGUAGUUCUGGUCUCACCACCGUCAGAUCAAAGUUAAGUCUGGCAGCUGUUAUUGGUUGUAUGAUGCCAAUGAUGCUUGGAAUUUGUUUUCUUUGCCCUUCAAUGGACUGUCUAUGGCAUAAAUAUCAUUUUUGCCCGAGUUGCAAAGAAAAGGUUGCCGACUUCGAGAAAUCGGAUAUUUGUGCUGUGAUGGAUCCUCCUCAGUGGACGCAGGAAAGCUUUGCCCUGCCUGCAGUUUAACUCUGUUCUACACAAUUCACACUUUUACUUCGGAAUGUUUCACUUCUGCGCACGCUCUCUCUGAACCCAUUACUAGAACAAAUUACACAAGAAUGCCCGUACAUAUAUAUAUUCUCAAAAUGUUAUUGUAAAAUACAAUAUUUCUAGAACAUCUAUGCUUCUUGGUUUGCAUAAUGUGAUCAUCAUUGUUCAUACAAUAAAAAUGUUCGUGAAUUUUGGCCAAAA